CAACCUACCACUGGGCAGGGGUCUCGGGCAACAGGCGGCAACCUACCACUGGGCAGGGGCCUUGGGCAACAGGAGGCAACGUACCCAUGGGCAGGGGUCUUGGGCAACAGGCGGCAAUCUACCCCUGGGCAGGGGUCUCGGGCAACAGCCGGCAAUCUACCCCUGGGCAGGGGUCUCAGGCAACGGGCGUCAACCUACCGCUGGACAGGGGCCUUGGACAACAGGCGGCAACCAAUCCCUGGGCAGGGGCCUCGGGCAACAGGCGGCAAUCUACCCCUGGGCAGGGGUCUCGGGCAACAGGCGGCAACCUACCCAUGGGCAGGGGUCUUGGGCAACAGGCGGCAACCUACCACUGGGCAGGGGCCUCGGGCAACAGGUGGCAACCUACCCCUAGGCAGGGGUCUUGGGGACUCAACGGGACUCUA